UUUUGCAACCAUUCUUGGGUGGCGCGAGUUACGUAUAAUCAUACUACCCCUGAUAAAAUUGAUAAGUUCUUGGAAACAAUUAGCCAAUAAAACGUGUACAAUUAUUGCACUGUAAGCAUAAGUGAAUUUGACAUUCUUUAGUUUGACUUUAUUUUAUUUUUCCAGUUAAAACUGUCUGGAGCUGAGUAUACAAUUAUUUACAAAAUGUAUUCGCAAAGGCAAAAAGUCUUCGACAAACGAAGAAGAAUGGAGGAACAAGCUCACAUCGCAUCCGUAAAUGUGGCAGAAGAACUAGCCAGAAAGGAUCAACAAUUGGAACGGUUACGCCAAGCAUAUCUAGAAUUGCAACAGCAAACACAAGAACUACAACAACAACAGCGUAACCCGGUGUUAUAUGAUACACAAUCAAAUAAUGCAAAAGACAACAUUUUAAAAACGAUAAAUCAUCUACCCAUUUUCACCGGCACCGGAGAAGUAACGGUGAACAGCUUUUUUAGUAGCACUGAAUACUUGCUGUCAACUAUACAAGAUGAAAAUAUUAAGAAGGAGGCCAUAAGAACAAUAUUCUAUAAAAUAAUCCAGGGACAAGCUAAAGACGUCAUAAUAAACAUACCCACACCGGACAACUGGCAACUAAUCAAAGAGACUUUAAAACUAAGGUAUAGACCGAACGUGGAACCACACAAUAUAUAUAGGAUGAUAGCCAACUUAAAAGUAAAUUCGGUAAGUGAAUUAAUAAUAGAGUUGCAGAAUCUAAAAUAUAAGGCAGAUGAGUUAAUAGUUUAUUACCGAAAUGACCACUAUAUUGACUUAUCAAACGUGGACAGUCUUUUAGUAAAUACAGUUAAGGAAAUGACACAAGGUACACUGUUAGACAAAAUUUACGAAGAAAGAAACAUUAAUGAUAUAUUAAAAAUAUUGACAAGAAGGAGAUUUGAAGACACAUGCAUUAGGCCAGAAUAUAGGAAGUUUAGGACUAAAGACGACGUAACAUUUAGACAAAAUCGGUCGCAAAAUAGGAAUAAUUUUAAUCCGCAGAUUAACAGUAAUAACCAGGGAUAUAAUCAACGGAAUUGGUUAGGACAAAAUAAUUUUAGGUCGGAUAUUAGACAAGAACGAAAUAAUAAUGAUAAUAAUAAAACCUAUAAUAAUAAUAAUAACGAUAACUAUAAUAGGAAUAGAAACUUUAAUCAUUCAGGACAGUAUAGAGUCCAACAAAAUAACAGUUAUAAUAAUAACUAUAAUAAUAGGAAUCAAAAUGGAAAUUUUAAUCAUUCAGGACAGUAUAGAGUCCAACAAAGUAACUAUAAUAAUAUGUCGGGAAAUUUCAGAAGGUUUCAGCAACAGGUAGGAAACCCUAGGCCAAAUUUCAGCCAAAAUCGCUUGAAUCAACCUAGGCAAGACCAGCAGGAACCUAUGGAAAUAGACAAUAUAGAAGUAGAUAAUUAUCGAGUAGUAGGAAACUCUGAACCAAAUUUACAUCAGGAUAACGGACAAGACCAAAGACAAAAUAAUUUUUUUCGGAAACAACCUCCGAUUGUUUACCUACCAUAACCAUUACGAUUAAUAAAAGGAAAUAUAAA